UGUUUCUUUGAAAUCCAUUGAAACCAGAAUAUCAUGUUUGCAGUUCCAGAAUCUCCAUAAGAACUUGAGAACAUGAAUUUAACCAACUGUACGAGAGCGGUAGAGUUUAUCCUGGUUGGACUGCCAAGUGUAGAGCGAAUGGAAAGUGUGAUGCAUACAGGGAUCUUUCUGCUCUACCUUCUCUGUCUGAUGGGCAAUGGACUCAUCAUUGUCAUGGUAAUUUUGGACCCUCAUCUCCAGAAGCCCAUGUAUUUCUUCCUUAGCAACCUGUCUUGCAUUGACAUUGGACACACCACAGCCUUUAUUCCUAAAUUGCUGGUCAACUAUCUCUCUGCAAACAAUUCCAUCUGCUUCUACUGCUGUAUAACACAGCUGUUCUUUUACUUCUUCUUUGGCAUUACAGAAUUUUUCGUCAUCACUUUGAUAUCUUUGGACAGAUUCUUAGCCAUUUGCUAUCCUUUGAGAUACGCCACCAUCAUGACUUCUGGGCUUUGCUUUAAGUUAUCGAUGACUGCGUGGUUUGUGGUUCUUCUCUAUACAACUUCUCAAGUAAUAAUGGUAGCUAACCUACCCUAUUGCACAUUCAACAUUAUCAAUCAUUUCUUUUGUGAUGCUGGACCUCUAUUAAAGAUUGCAGGAGGAGAUACACAUCUAAUUGAAGCCCUGAGUUUCCUUAGUACUGUAGUUGUGGUGAUGUCCUCCCUGCUUUUCACCCUCAUUUCUUACCUCUUCAUCAUCUUCACCAUUCUCCGAAUGUCUUCAACAACCAGACAGCAGAGGGCCUUUUCUACCUGUGCUUCCCACCUGGUUGUGGUCUGCAUUUUGUACGGAUCAGUCUUUUUUGUCUAUUUAAGGCCUACAAUGAAGAAUUCUUCCUUUGGUAUAAUCCGCUCUGUUUCUGUGGUGCAUACUACUGUUGCUCCAGUGCUCAAUCCAUUUGUUUAUACUAUUAGGAACAAUGAAGUGAAAGAAGCCAUUUGGAAAGCAUUAAGAAAAAAGACUCCAGCUUUCCCUAAAAUCUAACCCCAGACUUGUUAGGAGGAGCAAUCCCAAUUCUUCAAGAUGAGGAGUGGGUGAACUAUCCAUAAUACAAGCAACCAAGUUAUAGUCAUAAGAAGCUAAGGAGAUAGGUAAUAGGAAAAAUGAAGAAAUGAGAAUGAUAAUAAGCAAUACAGCCAUCCUAGUUGGUUUGACAUCCUAGGGCAUUAGACAGUGUUGUGGGACUUAGUUGUUUAGCAGAGUUAUAGCAUGGGGGCAGGGGCGGGAAAAUAUCUUGUGUCUGAUUGUUUUGGCAUGCAAUAGCAUCAUCUUGAGGAAAGAAGUUGAAACAGUUUAUGUUCAAGAUGUGAGGCUCUGUGGAUAUUUUCACAGCCCUCUUACUGCUGUAUACAGGUCCUCAAUGGAAGGCAGACAUGUUGCAAUUAUUGUUUCUGCAAUCUUAACUAUCUGUUGAAGUCUUUAUCUAUCUAGUUUGGUUGCUGUGCCAAAUCAGCCAGUUAUAGAGGUGCAAAUGACAGACUCCAUAUUUGACAGAUGACAUAAUUUGACAACUACCAAAAUUCUACAGUUUUUCUGAGUGGAGAUAAUUAGGGGCUCCUAAGCAACUGGAAAUCUUGUUCAGAUAGAUGCCUUAUUUUUUUUUUUCCAAGAGAGAAUAAUUUUUGUUCCCAGAUUAACAUUUAUGUUAAUUAUAUUACAGAAUACCAGUGUCAAUGCUGCAAAUACUGGAUAUUCUUGCUUGCCAUAUAUGAAGAAGCAAACCUGUUUCAUUUAGCUGUAUAGCAUUUCUAGAGUUCAGGCAGACAGUAGUAGUUAAGGGAUGGGAAAGUAUGCAAGUUAACCAUAACAAUGUCUGGGCACAGUGUGGCCAAGGUCAGCUCAGCUGCAACAGGAGGGGCACCUCACACUUCACAUUAAUUGGAGAAUGUGAUUGAUGACUGUAAA